UUUCAGUCCCCUCCUGUUCUCUCACUGUCGCUCUGAUGGCCGCGCAAUUUCUCUUCAAUCCUUCCUUCUCACAAAAGUCCUUCGUUUUGAGCAGCACAUCAGUGGAUAGUUGGGUCGCGUUUGACAUAUCCUGCCCUGAUUGAUACUGGCAUCCAUGCUCCUCCUGUUCUGGCAGUGAGUCGUCGUCGUCGUCCUUACGGUUCCUACUUACGGUCCCUAGUACGGUCGUCAAUCGUCAAUGGGCUCCCACUUAUCGACCUGCGCCCCAAAAGGGGACGAAUAUUACCACUGCGACUACUCCAUUGCCGGCUUUCGUGACAAUACGAGUACGGUAGCGGACGGCAUACUGGGCUUUACAAGUGUUGCGCUCCAGGAGGAGUUGCAGUCUCUACAACCUAACCCGGAUGUAGCAGGUGUCGGUACCUUGGUCGGCUUCGUCAUAUCCUUCGCCGCCUCGACAUUACUGGCGUUAUUUAUCCACUCCGUCGAAUGCCAUGAGAUCUUUGGCCAAAGUCAUAAAGGCGACCAUGAGAAGCACUCGACCAAACACUGGUGGAACAUCGCCGAUACCAUCCUGAUCUCGUGGUCCGACCAGCAGCUCGUCUUGGGCAUGGCCACCUCCAUCGCGGCCCUCAAGACCUGGUGCUCCUUCUCGACCUACCACCUCAAUCUCAUCGGCCAGUGGCUCGUCCUCUGCUCCGUCACCCACGCCAACGCCCUGCUCGUACACUGCAAGUAUUUUCAUCGUCGGCGCCUGCUUGCCGACGGGUUGCGCGUUGUCACCAUCUUGACCAACCUCAUCCUGUCGGGCAUGGUCUUUUUUGUUAGUCGAUCCGUCGGAGGCAAAGGGAUGCCCUCGGUCGCGGACCAUACUCCCUUGCAGAUCUUGCCGGCGCAGUGUUUCUUCAAGCACGCGAUCCUGGCGCCCGGAUUAAAGCUGGUGGAUGGGUAUGACCAGUAUUCUCAUCCAAACGGACAGGCGCUGUUCUUGAUGAGUUUGCUGAUCUUGAUUGCGGCCGGGUUAUCCAUGGCGGCGCAUCGAUGGCGCGGCAAGGGAGCGAGGAAGAGUCGGUGGUCGUGGAGCCUCAGGACUGUCAUGCUGUUGGCGAAUAUCGGCGUUGGUUUUGCGUCGCUGGUGUCGUCAGUCGAGCUGAGGGAUUGGAUGCAUGCGAACGGGUGGAUGGAGGAUGAUUCGGAGUUGGAAUGGUCGUAUGGACAGUUUAUUCCUGCGCUGUUGGGUUUGCUUGUUUUUGUAUCGGUGUUGGAGAAUGUGUUUGAUGAGCUUCCGGACAGGAAGAGCAUGGACCAGCAGAGCUUGAUACAGCUGGGUCGCGACGGGCAGUUCGAGAUGGAUAUGCGACGAAUAUCGGCACAGUCAAAGAUGGAUUUCAAAGUCCCACAAACAACGGUCUCGCCGCUCGAUCCAAGACCGUUUGACCCGAACGAAGGGCGAAAGUGGUAAGGUGAAAAUGACUAACGGCGAAAUGCGAGGGGCAGACUGCCGGUAGCCGAAGGGCCCCACCUGCUCCAAAUUCGCAUUUCGGGGGACUCAGUCAGACCGACGUCAGUAAGUUAUGUAGUGUUCAUCGGCAGGGCCAUGAUAGCGAAAGAACAUGUAAUGUAUGAAAGUAUCGAUACCCUCAAAUUCUGUGAUACCCC